AUGGAUAAGCUUCUUGAAAAUCAUCAUUUCGCGACGCAUGCCAUUGCUGCAUCGGCCUCUGUCUCAUUAGGAACUGCUAUUGCUUAUCCUCUGGAUACCAUUAAAACCAUAAUCCAGGUUGGUUCAGGACCCAGUAAGAAAUUAAGCCCCUUUCAAGUUGUGAACAGAGUUCUCCGCUUCUCUGGCUAUUCAGGUCUGUACAGUGGUCUUGGAUGGUUAACUUUGGGAAGAAUUUCAGGUGUUGGUGCAAGGUUUGGAGUCUAUGAGAUUCUAACAGCUUUCUACAAAGAUGGUCGACAUGAUAACUAUGUGCAAGUCAGUGAGGCUUUUCUGGCUGGAAUGGUGGGAGGUGCAGCAGAAACAGUGAUGACUUCACCAUUUGAACUAAUCAAAGUCCGAAAACAAGUGACUGCUGCGUCACGGGCUCCAAAUGUUGCCUCUGUUGCAGAAACUGCAGCAGUUUCACCCAUGAUCACGAAAUUGCUAAGAAGAUACACUCUUGACGUAAAGUCAUUGACGCAAACAGUCAGUCUCUUAUCCGUCUUAAAUCAUAAACACCCAAACAUGACAGCCGCCUUGCAAGAGUACCCAUGGAUGAUGACUGGAACAGGGAAUCCACCAACAGCCAUGGAUGUUAAGAGACCUCUCGAUGUCGCAUCACUUGAAGGAUGGAGAGCUUUAUGGAGAAAUCUACGUUCGGGUCUUGUAAGAGAUUGUCUUUACGGAGGUGUGUUCUUCUCGACAUGGCAGUUUCUUCAUGAAGCAAUGCUCGGUUGGAAAGCUGUCGGGAUGAAUCCUCUGCCCAGUACUGAAGAAGAAGUUGGGCCGUUAUCCCCGAUAGCCAUUAGCAUUGCCGCAGGGUUUUCGGGUGCCAUAGCCGCUGCAGCUUCUCACAGCUUCGACACAGCGAGAACACGUGCACAGUGUGUAAUACUACCAAAGUAUACAGCAAAGGAGAGGAAGUUUCUGAGAUGGAAUAGACCGGGCAAAAGAUUAGAGAGAUGGACAGGAAUCCAUCCUACAGACAGAAAGCUCUUGUUCCGUGGAAUCGGGAUAAGAAUGGCUCGAAGCUCUGUUGCAUCGACGGUUAUAGUUGGAAGCUAUUACUUGGCAGUCAAUUUAUUGGUUUCCAAGUGA